AUGUCCGCAUCCAAUGCUGCGGCUCUGGCCAGCAGCGAUGAAGAGCUCACGCCUGCUGGCAGCCAUCCGAGCGCUCAGCCGGACUACAGUGACGCGCGUUUGGAGCGCGUGGCCGCCUACACCACGACCACAAUGCGCCUGAAACCGGAGAAGUGGGCCAAAAUGAUGGCGCACGAUGAGUUCCGGCAUAUCGUCCUGGACUGGCUGCACGGACGGACACGAGUUUUGGUGAUGACGCUCAGUCCAGGCGGCGAGCUGGUGCCUAGGGGAUGUGUGAGCGACUUAUACCGAAACUAUACCCUGCAGAGCUGUGGCUCACGAGUGAGCGCAGCAAAUGAUGCCACCGCCACGGCUGCAGUGGUGGCGGCAGCAACAACCACAGGAGCACUGCUAGUUCCACUGCCGCCCGCUUCGUCCAGCUUCACGACAUUGGAUGGAGUACCGCGCGGCAAGUGCGCCUACUUCAUACGCCACAAUGUGGACGUGCCGCUGACAGCUAGCAAUUUUCAUAGCUCUGUGCUCUAUGGUGACUUUCCAGUGCACAGCAAAAUGGAGACCAUGUCUCUGCUCUUCGACGAGGUGCUGCAACCGCUGCUGGACAAGGCUCAGGGCGUGUGGCCGUCGCCCGUGCGCAAGGAUCUGCAGGCGCGCGUCAAGGAAGUGCGCAACACGCUGACCGAGAUUAAGGGCAAAACCAACAAUCGCACAAUUUUAUCGUUAUUAGUUUCGCCAACAAUCGUCGAGGAAGUGUCUGCUCACGUGAACCGGGGCAAUCUAAGACCAGCCUUGGAUCCCAAGUUUCGUACUCUACUGGAAGAGAUGUUUAUCAAUUGGACAACACAAAUGCACGACAUUGUAAUGGAACGCUCGGAGUCCAUUGGCCUGACCGCGUGCACCACUGCACCCACCAAGCAUAUCCAUGUGGUUACGCUGCCCGCUCAGGAAAUUACCUUCUGGACAAAUCGAAAACUCAAUUUGCAGAACAUUUACGAGCAGCUGCGCGAAUCCAUGCACAAGGCCCUGGCGCACAUACUUGAGCGCAUUCAGUCUGUCUAUUAUGAGCCCUAUGCAAAGGCUUUCCGGCAGCUUCUGACCGCCUGGCUGGAGGCACAGGAUGUCUCACUCUGGCUGCAGCCACUGCAGCGUCAAACCGCCGCCUUCAACUCGGUGCAGUUCAGCAAUGCACAGGAGCUGAUUGCACCGCUGGUGCAUGUGCUGCACUUGCUCUGGAGCAAUGCCCGCUUUUACCGCAGCACACAAAGGAUGAGUGUGCUGCUACGUUGCAUGUGCAACAUGUUGGUUCACCGCGCCGCCGAGGACUUGGAGUUUCCGCUGCUCUUUCAGGGCGACGCCGAUGAGGGCCUGCAGAAGAUCAAGAAAACUGGCGAGGUGUUGGAGUUUUUCAGGCAGCGCAUGCUCGAUUACAAGGAACGCUAUGCAAGCAGCCAAGUGCUGCUGCCAGCCUUGCCGAGCUCUUCUGCUGCAGCUGCAGCCGCAGCAGAAACUUCCCCAACGCCCGACGACCAGCAGCAGCUGUGGCGCUUCUCCAACGAGCAAGUGUUUGGCCAAACACUCGACGGAUUUCUGUUGCAGCUAUCGGAGCUCCGUCAUGUGUUCGAGGCGGCUGUUCAAUUUCAGCAACUGGAGAAGCUUGAAAUAGGCGGUCUGCGUGGUAAAUUGCUCACGGACCGCAUCAGAGAGAUCUUUAACGAGUUCAAGGUGCUGUUCGAGCAGUGGACCAAUGUAGACAUAGAUCUCGCAGCGCCCGCUGCCCACAAAUGGAAAUGUUUCAAGCGCGAGCAAUGCCUUUUCUAUAAGCGCAUGCAGCAGCUGGAACAGAAGCUGGCCACUGUACUGCUACAGGCCUUCGAGCAGUGCCACAGCUGGAUCCACCUGCUCAAGCUGACGAUUAUGUUUGGCUGCCUAUUGAAGCGCCGCACGGUGCAAUUGGAGCUCGUGCGUCUGCUUCCACACAUGCUCAACGUUUACAAUGCAGAGCUGCAGCAGCUGGAACAGAGCGUGGCAGUCGUGCUGCUGGACUAUCAAUUCCAUGGACUCGAAGCUCUGCCCGUAGCUGGAAACUUUCCCCCAAUUGCUGGCGCCAUCAUGUGGCUUGAGCAACACUUGCAUCGCUGCGAUGAACUGGGCGCUAGGGAUCUAACUGAGCUCGUCCAGACAUUGUUAGCACUAAAAUCGGAGCUUAUAACGCUGCCUUUUCAAUGGGAUGCAUUGCUUUCACGUCGCAACAUUCUGACCACAAAAUUGUGCAAUCUUCAGCUGAAGAUCUGGCACGCCUGGCAGCAGGACAUAGACAAGCUCAUAGCAGAGGGUCUCGACGAGCCCGUGCUGAUUCAAUUGGCAGCCGGGCAGCAGCUGCAGCUGAAUUUUGCUCAGGCGCUCUUUACGCUGCUCAAGGAAACUAAAUAUCUGCUAGCUCUGCAGGGUUCUGGCAGCCUUUCAAGCAAACUCUUUCCAAUGCCCGAGGCGCUGCUGUCACUUUACGAGCAGCGGGAUGCCUACUGGCGGCGACGCAUACGGCUCAUCAAGAUUGACGAGUUCUACAAUGGCAUCCGAACUGGCCAGUGCGCUGCAGCUGAGCUGCAACUAAUUGCCACUGAGCUGGCGGCCAUCGAUGCUCAAGUGGCAACUGCCUGUGGUCAACUAACCUGGCGCAAUUACGAUGAAACGCUCAUCGAGUGCAUAUUCGAGAAGUCACGCGAUCUGCAUGCACGUCUGCAGCUAUCGCAUGGCAAUCUGGACGCCAUAUUAACCAGCAUGCGUCGCUGGAGCCGCGACCCACUGCAUCAGCGCAGUCUCUAUGGUCGCAAUCUGCUCGAUCUGCGGCAUCAGCAGGAGCGGGUACGUCUGCGUCUGCUGCAGUGCGAUGAGACGAAAAUGCUGCUAAAUCGCUUGCUGAUUGCCAACUUUUGUUUGUUCUUCAACUACGAGUCGCAGCAGUUUCAAUUGUAUUCACGUGACCUGAGCGUGCAGGAGUUUGUGCGCGAAUUUCCGGAUGAGCAACGCCGACAGUUUAACAAAUAUUUGGCCACAGUUGAUGAGUUGAUUUGCCGUGAAAUGCGUCAGGCCAUGAGGAUCAGUUUAGAGUAUUUGCACAAGGAAAUGACAGCAACUGGAACAACGACUGCAACAACCGCUGAGGCAACUCCAACAGCGCCCCCAACUUCAAAUAUGGCCUUGCCAAGCAUGGCUAGGUUGGUGUUACAACAAAUCACAACGCCACAAGCGACAGCGACAAUAACACCAACAACAGCAACAACAACAACAACAACAACCGGGGCAACAGCAACAAACGAUGCACCGCUUUUCGAAGUGAAAUUGGAGCUGACGGAAACGGAAAUACGUUUUUCGCCUGCCUUUGAUGCAAGUGUGGAAAAUAAUUUUCAACAAAUUGUCGAGCAGCUGUUGCUGGAUAUAAAACAGACAUGCGACUGCAUGCCAAGAAUUGUGUCUGACAAUGCGCUGUCUGACGACGACGGCGACGACGAGCACGAUGCUGAUGACUUGGAAAUACUGUGCGCCAGCAUACGCAACGCCUUGGCGCAGACGGUUCAGGCGGCGUUGAAUUAUGCUGCCAAAUUCCACGCCUAUGCGUUCCUUUGGACACAGCAGAGCGGCGCCGUUCUGGCGUCCUGCAUGCAGACGGCGCGUGAGCAAACGACCCACAUCAGUGACAGUGGCUAUGCCAUCAUGGAGACUUUCAAAAAGGAGAUCGAGCGCUACAACGAGCUGCACGAUGAUAUCGACCAGUGCGAGAAUCGCCACUGCCUGAACGGCUGGCUGGCCCUGGACGUGAAGCCGCUUAAGCAUGGUCUGCUCAAUCUGACCUGUAAAUGGUCGCACCUCUACAAGCAGUGGCUGCUGCGCUAUGUGCAGAAGACGCUUCAGGAGCUAAACGCAUUCAUCGCGCGCAGCCAUGAGACUUUGCAGCUGCACAUCGCACGCCAGGAGUUCAAGGCACUGCUGCGCGUGCUGUCUAUCAUGGCGGAGAUACGGCAGAGGGAACCGUACGCGGACAAUGUAUUUAAGCCGCUCAAGGACAUCAUUGCGCUUUUAAAGACCUACAAUGUGGAGUUCGAGGCACAGCUGGUGCGCAACAUAGACCAGCUGCCGCUGCAGUGGCAGCAAUUGAAGCAGCAAGCGCUGGCCAAACACGAGGCACUCCAGGACACGCGCUACUAUCAACAGCAGCGCGUAACGGCGCUCAUUGGUCUGCAUACGUGCCACGUGCAACAUUAUGCGAAACAGUUCCAGCGCAUGCCGUUCUUUCGUGUUCCCUGUCCACAAAUUUACGAUGCCUGCGACCAGGUCUACGUGCGGCUCCAUCGCUUUGGCUGCCAGCAGCGGCGCUACGCGUGCUGGGCCCGGCUGCUGAACAUUCCCGAACCCGAUACGAGCACACUCCAGCAGUGCAAGGCUGAACUUAGACGUGUAAAGCAAUUGUGGGACUUUGUGCGCGUCAUCGAAUCCUGCAUUGUUGACUGGCAUGCAACACCUUGGCUCCAAAUCGAUACGGAUGACAUGGAACACGAGUGUAAGAAGUUCACGCGCGAUUUGCGCACACUUGACAAGUGCAUCAGAGACUGGGCCCCCUAUGUUUACAUUGUGGGCGUAUUGCGUGAGCUGGUUGCCUCGCUGCGAGCAGUUACCGAGCUUCAAAAUCCAGCAAUUACCGAACGCCAUUGGCUGGAGCUUAUGCAGUUGUCAAAGAUUUCGUACAAGUGCAACACAUCGACAACUCUGGCACAGUUACUAAGCCUGCAACUGCAGCAGCACGAAGAGGACAUCAAGAACACUGUGGAUCGCGCUAUCAAAGAGAUGACGGUGACAAAAGUUUUGGACGAUAUAAAGGCCACCUGGACACAAUUGGAAUUCGAGUUGGAGCUGCAUCAGACGCGUCCAACUGUGCGACUGCUCAAAGUAUCGGAGGAGCUGAUUGAAACGCUUGACGACAAUCAAAUGCAGCUACAAAAUAUCUCAACAUCAAAACAUAUCGAAUAUCUGCUGGAUAAGCUGAGCUAUUGGCAGCGUGUGCUGAGUGGCAUUGAUACGCUUAUUGUCAAUUGGUUUGAGGUGCAGCGUAAAUGGAUUUAUCUCGAGUGCAUUUUCAUCGGCUCAACAGACAUACGUUCCCAGCUGCCACAAGACGCGGCAAACUUUGAGCGCAUUGAUGAGGACUUCACCAAUUUGCUAGCACGGGUUACCAGUGUGCGCGUUGUCAUGGAGGUGGUGCUGCAGCAUGAGGAUGUGCUCAAGCAGUUGCUGGAACUGCAGCAGCGCCUGUCCGUUUGCGAGAAGGCACUGAACGACUACCUGGAGACAAAGCGGUUGGCCUUUCCGCGCUUCUAUUUCAUCUCGUCCGCGGAUCUCUUGGACAUACUCUCUAAUGGCAAUAAUCCCCAGGUCAUUGAUCGCCAUCUCAUUAAGCUGUUCGACUCCAUAUUGCGCUUGCAAUACGAAACCAAUACCGCGCAUGCCCUGGGCAUGCACUCCAAGGAGAACGAUGAGUAUGUGGCCUUUGUGGUCAGCCAGGAUCGAGAACAAACAGCCUACAUCGACUGCUGUGGUCGCGUUGAGCUUUGGCUGCGCGCCGUCAUCCAACAGAUGCGCAGCACGCUCCAUGAGCUCUUUCGUCGCGCUCUCGUGGCUUUCGGUGAAAAGUCCCGUGAUCUAUGGCUCUAUGAUUGGCCAGCACAGGUCGCGCUCUGCUGCAGUCAGAUUAGCUGGACGGCGGAUGUGAAUCGCUCAUUCGCAAGCAUGGAAGAGGGCUAUGAGGGAGCCAUGAAGGAGCUGCACAAGCGCCAGAUAGCGCAGCUGAACGCUUUGAUCAAUCUGCUGUUGGGCGAACUGUCCUCAGGCGAUCGACAGAAAAUCAUGACCAUCUGCACCAUUGACGUCCAUUCGCGUGACGUGAUUGGCAAAAUCAUUGCCACCAAGGUAGACAACUCUCUGGCCUUUCAGUGGCAGAGCCAACUGAGGCAUCGCUGGGACGAUGAACAGUCGGGCAGCUCCAGUGGCUGCGCCACGGCAACAAUCAGCGCAGGCAGCGCCGAUGAGGAUUGCUUUGCCAAUAUCUGCGAUGCCGAGUUCCGCUAUGCCUAUGAGUACUUGGGCAAUACUUCAAGGCUGGUAAUCACACCACUAACCGAUCGAUGCUACAUCACCCUGACCCAGUCGCUGCAUCUGGUGAUGGGAGGCGCGCCUGCUGGACCGGCGGGCACCGGCAAAACGGAAACAACGAAGGACUUGGGACGCGCGUUGGGUGUAAUGGUUUAUGUCUUCAACUGUUCGGAGCAAAUGGACUACAAAUCUUGCGGCAACAUUUACAAAGGUCUGGCCCAGACCGGUGCAUGGGGCUGCUUUGACGAGUUCAAUCGCAUCUGCGUGGAGGUGCUCUCCGUGGUGGCCGUUCAGGUGAAGACCAUACAGGAGGCGAUAAAGAUGCAUAAAACCCAAUUUAUCUUUAUGGGCGAGCGCAUCUCGCUGGAGCCGUCGGUUGGCAUUUUUAUCACCAUGAAUCCGGGCUACGCCGGUCGAACCGAACUGCCGGAAAACCUGAAAACAUUGUUUCGCCCAUGCGCCAUGAUUGUGCCGGACUUUGCUUUGAUUUGUGAGAUUAUGUUAAUGGCCGAGGGCUUCCAGGAUGCACGUCUGCUGGCACGCAAAUUUAUCACACUGUACACGCUGUGCAAGGAGCUGCUGUCCAAGCAGGAUCACUACGACUGGGGCCUGCGUGCCAUCAAAUCGGUGCUGGUUGUUGCCGGCACAUUAAAACGCGAUGACCACAGCCGUCCAGAGGAUCAGGUGUUAAUGCGUGCUCUGCGUGAUUUCAACAUACCCAAGAUAGUAACCGAGGAUGUGCCCAUAUUUAUGGGCCUGAUAGGAGACCUCUUUCCCGCCCUCGAUGUGCCGCGCAAGCGUGUCUUCGAGUUUGAGAAGACCAUCAGACGUGCGGUUAACGAAAUUAAGCUGCAGCCCGAGGAGGGCUUUCUCAUGAAGGUGGUGCAGCUGCAGGAGCUGCUGGAUGUCCGCCACUCGGUUUUCAUUGUGGGCGAUGCAGGAACGGGCAAAACGAAGAUUUGGCAAACUCUGCGCGAAACGUAUCGCAUACAGAAGCUGAAACCAGUCUGUCAUGUUCUGAAUCCCAAAGCGCUGUCCAACGAUGAGUUGUUCGGCAUUGUAAAUCCAACGACGCGAGAGUGGAAGGACGGCCUCUUUUCGUCCAUAAUGCGAGAGCAAGCCAAUAUGCCGCCGGGCAAUCCCAAGUGGAUUGUUCUCGAUGGAGACAUCGAUCCCAUGUGGAUUGAGAGUCUCAACACUCUGAUGGACGAUAAUAAGAUCUUAACGCUGGCCAGCAACGAGCGCAUUUCUUUAAAGCGUGAGAUGCGUCUGCUCUUCGAGGUGGGCCAUCUUAGGGCGGCCACACCCGCCACGGUAUCCAGGGCGGGCAUCUUGUACAUAAACCCACAGGAUCUGGGCUGGUCGCCCUUCGUCUCCUCCUGGUUGGAAACGCGUGUCAACAUGAUCGAGCGGGGCAUACUCACCACGCUCUUUGAGAAGUAUUUUCCCAGUCUGAUGCAACGACAGCACAAUUUCCGUCGCAUCACGCCCAUCGCCAACAUGGCCAUGAUACAAAUGACGUGUCACCUGCUCGAAUGUCUGUUGGACAGCGACCAAGUCGAGGAUGAGACGGCACGCAGCACCGGUAAGCAUCUCGGCAUCAAUUCGCACAGCCUACACCAUGGCGAACUCUCACAUGAGUCCGCUGAGCUGGCCUUAGAGACGAUCUUUGUGUAUGUUACCAUGUGGAGCUUCGGUUCGGCCCUGUAUCAGGACUCAAUUAUAGACUGGCAUCGCGAGUUUCACAAGUGGUGGACGAGCGAGUUCAAGGACGUGAAACUGCCCAGUCAGGGCACCGUAUUUGACUAUCAGCUUAAUGUGCAAACAUUGAAAUUCCAACGCUGGUCUGAGCUGGCCGCUCAGGAGCAACUCGACUGUCAAAUCGAUGCAGAGCAGCCGCUGCAGAACGUGCUCAUUUCAACUGCAGAGACCACACGUCUCGGCUACUUCCUCAAGCUGCUUAUCGACCGCAAUCUCGCCUGCAUGCUGGUCGGCAGCUCUGGCUGCGGCAAGGGUGCCAUCUUCCGUGAGCUCUUCAGCAAAUAUGCCAGCGCACAGGAGCUGCUUGAAAUUGCAGUGACAGCUGUCAGCGGCAGCCAGCAACAGACGGUAGUAAAUGGUGUUGGCAACGUCAGCGUGCGUCGGAAAUCAUCCAGCUCAACACCGUUGCUAACCACUGUGCAGGCGACACACUUCAACUUCUAUACGACAUCAGAGAUAUUUCAGAAAAUGCUCGACCGACCAUUGGAGAAAAAAUCUGGCCGCUGCUUUGCGCCCAGCGGACCGAAGCGACGUCUCAUCUACUUUGUGAAUGACCUGAACAUGCCCGAAGUAGAUUCCUAUGGCACAGUGCAACCGCACACCAUCAUGCGCCAGUUUAUGGACUAUAAGCAAUGGUACGAUCGUCAGAAGCUUCAGCUGAAGGACAUUCGUCAUUGUCAAUUCGCGGCUUGCAUGAAUCCAACCGCCGGCUCGUUCACCAUCGAUCCGCGCCUGCAACGUCACUUUUGUGUGUUCUCAGUGGCACCACCCAGCGAGGAUACUCUCCACUAUAUAUACAGUACGAUCUUGAACAACCACCUGGAACAGCCGGCGCAGGGCUUCAGCAAGGAGAUCCGUUCCAUUGGCAAUCUCCUGGUGCAGGUGGGAAUCGCUCUGCAUCGUCGCGUCGAAUAUGCCUUCCUGCCGACGGCCAUUAAGUUUCACUACAUAUUCAAUUUGCGUGACCUGACCAACAUCUACCAGGGCGUGAUGAACAGUGUCGGUGCUCCAGUCUCAGCGGGCGGAGCUGCCAGCAGCUACAGCGGCACAGUUUGCAGCAAACCAGCCGAGCUGAUGAGACUCUAUGUACAUGAGGCAUAUCGAGUGUACCACGACCGACUGGUCGAUCAGUAUGACAUUAAAUCGUUUAAGUCCUCCAUACGGGAUAUAUUCAAAAAGGAUUUCGAAGACUUUGACGAGGACUUUGUCUUUGCCGAGCCAUUGAUAUACAGCCAUUUCGCGCAAUCUCUGGUAGACCAGAAGUACAUGCCACUCAAGAGCUGGGAUUCACUCUACCAACUGCUGCUGGAGGCGCAGGCCAGCUAUAACGAUAUUGUGGGAUACAUGAAUCUGGUAUUGUUCGAGGAUGCCAUGAUACACAUAUGUCGGAUUAAUCGUAUCCUGGAGAGUCCACGUGGAAAUGCUUUGCUCAUUGGAGUCGGCGGCUCCGGCAAACAGACCCUGGCACGCUUGGCCGCGUUCAUUUCUUCACUGAGUGUGUCGCAAAUUCAAAUCAAACGCGGCUUUGGGCUGCUCGAUAUGAGAGAUGAGAUCGCAAGUUUGUACAUGAAGGUGGGACUCAAGAAUGUGGCUUCUGUGUUUCUCAUAUCCGAUGCUCAGCUGCCCGAUGAGUCCAUACUGAUGCUGAUCAAUGAUAUGCUCGCCUCUGGCGAGAUACCCGAGCUCUUUAGUGAUGAUCAACUGGAUACAAUCAUAAAUGGCAUACGCAAUGAGGUGAAGCAGAGCGGCGCACUGGAUACUAAAGAGAAUUGCUGGCGCUAUUUUGUAGAGAAGGUGCGACGUCUUCUCAAAAUCGUGCUCUGUUUCUCCCCUGUUGGACAAACGCUACGUAUACGUGCCAGAAAAUUCCCGGCUAUUAUUAGCCGCACUGCCAUUAACUGGUUUCACGAGUGGCCCAGGAGCGCAUUGGAAUCGGUAUCCCAAAAGUUUCUCACCGAAAUCAGUGACAUAUUAGAGCCCGAACUCAUACCGCCCAUUGGCUACUUUAUGGCCUACGUACAUGGUACGGUGAAUCAGAUAUCGAAAAUUUAUCUACAGAAUGAAAAACGCUACAACUACACGACACCAAAAACAUUUCUGGAAUACAUUUUUUUGUACCGCAAGCUUUUGGUUGACAAAAACGGGGAGUUCGCCCAGCGCAUUGCCCGGCUACAGAGCGGCAUGGCCAAGUUGGCCGAAUGCGCGCGUCAAGUGGACACCCUAAAACAUCAACUGGCAAUACAAGAAGUCCAACUGGCAGCAAAAAAUGCGGCUGCCGACAAGCUGAUCGUCAUUGUAAGUGCCGAGAGCGAGAAGGUGAAGCGUGAACGCUUUACAGCCUCCGAGGAGGAGAAACGUGUACGCAUCAUAGAGGAGGAUGUUUCGAUCAAGACCAAGCUCUGCGAGCAGGAUUUGCGACAGGCCGAACCAGCUCUGGUUGCUGCCCAGGCAGCGCUCAACACCCUUAACAAAAAUAACCUAACCGAGCUAAAGUCCUUUGGAUCGCCGCCCAAGGCCGUGGUCAACGUAUGCGCUGCUGUGAUGGUUCUACUGGCCACGAAUGGUAAGAUACCGCGCGAUCGCAGCUGGAAGACAGCAAAGCUGAUGAUGGUGCGUGUGGAUCAGUUUCUCAACGAUUUGCUCAACUAUAACAAGGACAACAUUCAUCCAAACAUUAUUGAGACGCUGCAGGAAUAUCUCAAGGAUCCCGAGUUCAAUCCAGACAAAGUCGUCCAAAAGUCGGUGGCAGCUGCAGGCCUUUGCGCCUGGGUCAUCAAUCUGCAUCGGUAUCAUCAGGUCUUCCUCAUUGUUGGCCCCAAGCAGCAAGCCGUGCAGGAUGCCCAGCAGGAAUUGUUCGAGGCACGUGAACGACUACAGUAUCUCAAGUCGAAAAUAAACAAUUUGGAGGACAAGCUGGCCGAGAUCCAGGCUGAGUUUGAGCAUGCGGUGGCCGAAAAGCAAAAGUGCCAACGGGAGGCGGACAAGACGUCCUUUACCAUCGAUCUGGCGCAUAGGCUAGUCAACGGACUGGCCAACGAGAAUGUCCGCUGGCGAGAGUCGGUGCAAAGUUUACAGGCAAAGAUUGGCACCCUACCCGGAGAUAUACUGUUAAUUUCCUCGUUCCUGUCGUACGUGGGCUGCUUUACGCGCCGCUAUCGCGAGGAGCUGCAGCACAAGAUGUGGCUGCCGAGCUUUUGCAAAAUGGACCCCCAGAUACCGUACACUCAGGGAGUCGACCCGCUGGCGCUGCUCUCGGACGAUGCACAAAUUGCCACCUGGAAUAACGAGGGUCUGCCCAUGGACGGCAUGUCCACAGAGAAUGCAACAAUACUGCAGCACUCAACGCGCUGGCCUCUGAUGAUUGAUCCACAGCUUCAGGGCAUUAAGUGGAUCAAGAGCCGCUUUGGAGCCGCUCUGGUGGUGUUGCGUCUCACGCAGCGCGGCUUUCUAGAGGCACUGGAGAAGUCCAUCUCACGUGGCGACACGGUGCUCAUUGAGCAAAUCGAAGAGACCAUGGACACCGUGCUGGAGCCGCUGCUGAGUCGCGCGCUGAUCAAAAAGGGCCGUUAUCUGCGAAUUGGCGAAAAGGAAAUGGAGUUCAAUCCGAAUUUCCGUCUCAUACUGCACACCAAGCUGGCCAAUCCGCACUACAAGCCGGAAAUGCAGGCGCAGACGACGCUAAUUAACUUCACGGUGACACCGGACGGCCUCGAGGAGCAGCUGCUGGCGGAAGUGGUGAAAAUUGAGCGGCCGGACUUGGAGCAAAUGAAAACCGAUGUCACCAUCCAGCAGAACAUGUUCAAAAUCUCGCUAAAGGCACUCGAGGAUGAACUGCUGGCCAGACUGGCCUCGGCCAGCGAGAAUGUGCUCGAUGAUCAUGCGCUGGUCCUCAAUUUGGAGAACACCAAGCGCACUGUCGAUGAAAUUGAAUCCAAGGUACGGGAGGCUCACCUAACCACGUUGCAAAUUGACGAAACGAGAAACAUAUAUCGUGCCGCGGCCAAGCGGGCUGCGAUUUUAUACUUUGUACUCACGGAUCUCAAUCGCAUCAAUCCCAUAUACAAGUUCUCCUUGAAGUCCUUUAUGAAUGUCUUUCGCCAGGCCAUUGCCGUGGCGCCCGACUCAAAGAGCUACGAGAAGCGCGUGCUCCAUUUGGUGGACUCGAUAACCCUGCAAACCUAUCGCUAUACCCUGCGCGGUCUCUUUGAGGCGGACAAGCUGACAUUCACCUCGCACCUGACGCUGCGCAUCAUGAUUGCCGCCGAGCAGGUGGCCAAGGAUGAGACCGAUUUUCUGCUGCGCUAUCCGCACGAUCCCAACACGCUGUCCCCAUUGGACUUUGUGGGGCGCAGCGCCUGGGGCGGCAUCAAGUCGCUGGCGCUCGUAGAGCAUUUUUAUGGCAUCGACAAGGACAUGGAGAACUACACGAAACGCUGGCGCAAGUUCAUGGCCAGCGAUGCGCCUGAGCGGGAGCAGUUCCCAGGCGAAUGGAAGCAUCGCUCUCCACUGCAGAAGCUUUGCAUUGUGAGAGCUCUGCGGCCCGAUCGCAUGACCUAUGCCAUGGCUCAAUUUGUGGAGCAGACAAUGGGUCGCGCCUAUGCCGAAGUGCAGACCCCGCCCUUUGUGGCUAUCUUCAAGGAGCUAAACGCGGCCACGCCCGCCUUCUUUAUACUCUCACCUGGCGUGGACCCCAUACGCGAUGUGGAGCGACAUGGGCAGCAACAAGGUUUCCAUGCGGAUGCCGGAACUCUGAUCAAUAUCUCACUGGGGCAGGGACAGGAGCUGCUGGCCGAAGAAGCCAUCGAGCAGGCCUUGGCCUCGGGCCAGCAGUGGGUCAUACUCCAAAAUAUUCAUCUGGUGGUGAAUUGGUUGCCCACGCUGGAAAAGCUUAUCGAGCGUAUAGUGCUGCAGUCGGAGUCUCAAGGUGAUUCCGAUUUCCGUCUGUUUAUUAGCGCCGAGCCUGCUCCUGAUCCGCAGUACCAUGUCAUACCACAGGGCAUUUUGGAGUCCUCACUGAAGGUGGUUAAUGAACCGCCCGCGGGCAUGGCCGCCAAUCUGCACAAGGCCUGGGAUAAUUUCUCGCAGGAUACGCUGGAAACGUGCACUCAAGAAGCCGAGUUUAAGUCCAUACUCUUUGCCCUCUGCUACUUUCAUGCAGUGGCCGGCGAGCGCCGCAAGUUUGGACCUCAGGGCUGGAACAAGGUGUAUCCGUUUAACAUUGGCGACCUGACCAUCUCGGCCAGCGUGCUGCACAACUAUCUGGAGGGCAGCAAUCGCAUACCGUGGGAGGAUCUGCGCUAUCUCUUUGGCGAAAUUAUGUACGGUGGCCACAUAACCGAUGACUGGGACAGACGGCUGUGCCAGACGUUUUUGGAGGAGCUGCUGCAGCAGGAUCUCAUCGAUGGUGACUUCGAGCUAUGCCCCGGCUUUCCAGCACCGCCCAAUCUAGAAUUUGAGGGCUAUCAUGACUACAUCACUGAGAUGCUGCCCGAAGAGUCGCCUCUGCUCUAUGGACUGCAUCCGAAUGCUGAAAUCGGGUUCCUUACAAGCGCCUCGGAGCAGCUGUUGCGCACCAUUUUUGAGCUGCAGCCGCGCGAAUCGGAGCUGAGCACACACUGCGGUGCACCGCGCGAAGAGCUGGUCAAAAUCAUGAUUGACGAUUUCCUCGACAAGCUGCAGGACGAGUUCAAUCUACAGGCGCUGCUCAAUCGCGUGGAGCGCAAGACGCCCUUUGUGGUCGUUGCGCUGCAGGAAUGCGAGCGUAUGAAUGCGCUUAUUCGCGAGAUCAAACGCUCCCUGCGCGAACUUAUGCUCGGCCUGAAGGGCGAGCUGACCAUCACACAGGAAAUGGAGCGUCUGGACUAUGCCAUUUUCUAUGAUCAUGUGCCGACGGCCUGGGCCCAGCUGGCGUACCCCAGCAUGCUGGGCCUGCAGGGCUGGUUCGCUGAUCUGCUGCAUCGCAUCAAGGAGCUGGCCGGUUGGCUAAAUGACUUCAAGCUGCCCUGCGCCAUCUGGCUGGGUGGCCUGUUCAAUCCGCAAAGCUUUCUCACGGCCAUCAUGCAGGAGAGCGCCCGAAAGCAUGAUCUACCCUUGGAUCGCAUGCUGAUCAGCUGUGACGUGACCAAAAAGCAAAAGGAUGAUGUCACCUUGCCACCUGUUGAAGGCGCUUAUGUGCACGAGCUUUAUCUGGACGGCGCCAGCUGGGACUGUCAGCUAAACUCCAUUGUGGCGCUGCAUCCCAAGGAGCUGCUCUGCGCCAUGCCAGUGAUCUAUAUCAAGUCCAUUGUGCAGGAGAAACAGGAGCUACAGCGCGUCUAUGAGUGUCCACUGUACAAGACCAGGUCGCGUGGCAACACCUACGUCUGGACCCUCAAUCUGAAAACACGCGACCGCCCAGCCAAGUGGAUAUUGGCAGGAGUCGCUCUUUUGUUGCAGCCCUAA